AGGGCCGGGAGUCCGCAGCGCUUUCUCAGCCACACACUGAAUAUAUUUACGGCAUCGGUCGCAGUCAAUGGCACAGCGGGGAGCGACGAAAUGUGCGGGAAAGUCACCUUUCCACGAUGAGCGCCGGGUUUCCGUAGCACUAAUUAUUAUUAUUACCAUUAUUAUUAUUAUUAUUAUCAUCAUCAUUUCGGGCUGCGGGGUUGGGGGCAAAUUUUUUUUUUUAUCUUUUUUCUUUUUAAACUUUUUUUUUGUCCCUUUUUCUUUACGUUUUAUGUCUCAAACCUUAGUAUAAGGUACUAGAAAUCCAGCAAUAAAAACGUCCACAAAAUAUAUUACAUCUGCAGCGGCCUCUUCCUUGGUUUUUUUUCUCUUUUUGGUGGAUUUUUCUCUUUUUUUUUCCUCUUUUUGUGUUUUUCUCUAAGGGCUCAACUUGGGUACAAAAGUCUCUCAAAAAAUAGCAUCCCCCCCUCGGCAUUUUUUUGCCUCUUGUUUUUUUUUGCCUUUUUCGUGCACGUUGCGUUGCGUUGGUGUGUGGUGUUGUGUUGUGUUGUGUUGUGUUGUGGUGUUGUGGUGUUGUGUUGUGGUGUUGUGUUCUGUUGUGUGUUGUUGUGUGGUGUUGCAUUGUGCUGUGUGUUGUUGCGUUGUGUGUUGUGUCGUGUUGUGUUGUGUUGUGGUGUUGUGGUGUGGUGUUGUGUUGUGGUGUUCCAUUGUGUGUUGUGUUGUUGUGCUGUGCUGUGUUGUGAGUUGUGCUGCAUUGUGUAUGUUGUGUUUGUUGUGUUGUGUUUGUUGUGUUGUGUUGUUGUGCUGUGUUGUGUUGUUGUGCUGUGCUGUGUGUCGUGUUGUGUCAUGUUAUGCUGUGUUGUGUUUGUUGUGUUGUGUUUGUUGUGCUGUGCUGUGUGUUGUGUUGUGUAUGUUGUGUUUGUUGUGUUGUUGUGCUGUGUUGUUGUGUUGAGUUGUUGUGCAGUGUUGUGUUGUUGUGCUGUUGUGUUGUUUUGCUGUGCUGUUGUGCUGUGCUGUGCUGUGUGUUGUGUUGUGUCAUGUUGUGCUGUGUUGUUUUGCUGUGUUGUGCUGUGUUGUGUUCUUGUGUCAUGUGGUGUUGUGUUGUGCUGUGUUGUUGUGUUGUUGUGUUGUUGUGCUGUGUUGUGUUGUUGUGUUGUUGUGCUGUGCUGUGCUGUGUGUUGUGUUGUGUCAUGUUGUGCUGUGCUGUGUUGUUGUGCUGUGUUGUUGUGCUGUGUUGUUGUGUUGUUGUGUUGUUGUGCUGUGUUUUGUUCUUGUGUCAUGUUGUGUUGUUGUGUUGUUGUGCUGUGCUGUGUUGUGUUGUUGUGUUGUGUUGUGUUUGUUGUGCUGUGCUGUGUGUUGUGUUGUGUAUGUUGUGUUUGUUGUGUUGUUGUGCUGUGCUGUGCUGUGUGUUGUGUUGUGUCAUGUUGUGCUGUGCUGUGUUGUUGUGCUGUGUUGUUGUGUUGUUGUGUUGUUGUGCUGUGUGGACCCAUUUGCCCAACCCCAACCCUGUAUCCCAUCCAUUCCCAUCCAUCACUGCCCACUCGCCCCAACCCUUUGCCCCCUGUGUGCUGUGUUGUGUUGUGCACGUUGUGUGGGGCCACGUUGUGCGUUGUGUUGUGUUGCAUUGUGUUGUGUUGUGUUGUGUUGCAUUGUGUUGUGUUGUGUUGUGUUGCAUUGUGUUGUGUUGUGUUGCAUUGUGUUCUGUUGUGUUGUGUUGCACUGCACGUGUUGCAUCACGCUGUGCUGUGCCAUGUCACGCUGUGUUGUGCACACACUCUGCACUGUGUCGUGUUGUGUGUUGCAUUGCACUGUGGUGCCGUGUUGUGUGCUGCGUUGUGCUGGGUGUUGUGUUGUCAUGUUGUGUCAUGCGCAUGUUGUGCUGUGUGUCGUGUUGUGUUGUGCUGUGUUGUAUUGUGUUGUGUAGCUGUGUAGUUGUGCUGUUGUGUUGUGUUGCUGUGUUGCUGUUUUGUGUAGCUGUGUAGCUGUGUAGUUGUGCAGCUGUAUUGCUGUGUUGCGUUGUUGCGUAGUUGCUGUGUUGUGUAGCUGUGCUGUGUUGUGUUGCUGUGUUGCUGUGUUAUUGUGUAGUUGUUGUGUUGCUGUGUUGUGUAGCUGUGCUGUGUUGUGUUGCUGUGUUGUUUUGUAGUUGUGUAGUUGUGUCGUUGUGUUGUGUUGUUGUGUUGUCGUUGUGCAGCCGUGUUGUGUAGUUGUGUUGCUGUGUUGUGUUGUUGUGUCGUGUCGUUGUGUUGUGUCGUUGUUGUGUAGUUGUGUUGUUGUGUUGUGUUGUUGUGUUGUUGUGCAGUGGUGUAGUUGUGUCGUGUAGUUGUGUUGUGUAGCUGUGCUGUGUUAUGUUGUUGUGUCGUUGUGUCGCUGUGUUGUGUCGUUGUGUCGUUGUGUCGUUGUGUCGUUGUCGUGUUGUGUCGUGCAGCCGUGCAGCCGCGCAUCGCUCUCAGUGCCACCAGCGCCCGCGCGCCGCCUCGGACGCGGCUGACAGCGGCCUUUCGGGGGGUCGCUCGCUCAUUUCGUGCCGUUCCGGCGCUCGGAGGGGAGCGGGCAGCGGCCAUGCAGCGCCAUGCACACAACCAGCGGCCGGGGAAGGGAAGCGGCGCCCGCCGAAACCCGGCGCCUCGUCGGUUUCUUCUCCUCCUCCCGCGGAGUCGGAGUCGCAGUUUUGUAAAGUGACCGAAGGAAAGAAAAUAAAAAUAUCUCACAUUAUAAAAAGUAUUCAGCAAAAUACUGCUUUCUUUUUUGUCUUUUUUUUGUGUUUUUUUUUUUGCUUUUCUGUCUUU